CAGUAGGCUCAGAAAGCCAGCAUUGCUGCAUAUACCAUGUGUGGUAUGUUUUAUUGCUCCAAAAUGUGAGCGUUCCGAUAUGUUGAAGUAAAUCAUGCCUUUGUAUGUUUUUGUUUAUUACGACUUUUGUCAAAUGCGGCACUUUUUUUCUUGCACUAGAUAUUUGUUGUAUUUUAAAUGACUGCAACUGUUACUGUGCUAAAGUUUAAUAUCAAAUUUACUAUAUAUUCCGUAUUCUAUAUUCAAGAUUCCAUAUUCAACACAUUUUACAUAUUCAUUUCAUGUUGUUUCAAAGGAUUACAUCUACCCCUGUGUGCCCUCGCUCUCCACUUCAAUACACUGUCAACAGACACUAGCUGACAUUAGAAAUAUGUUGUGGAAGGUGUCAUCAUUAACGAGGGUUUUCUGAAUGUUACAUGUUACGAGACAUGAACAUCAGAGAAGCUUUCAGGAUCGCUGUGCACUCCACGAUAUUUAUGACAAAAAUGAAAUUAAAUAAAUAAAUACAAAAUAAAGAAGACAACAAGGAUGAGUUCCUGGAUUCACAAUGAGCUACAUUUUUCUGAUUGUAUGUCUAGUAUAACUUUUCUUCAAAAUAAUCUUCAACAUACUUUUUCUUAAGACAGUUUAAGAGGAACUAUCCCACAAAGCAUCUGUAUACAUGACACCCACCCCUUUACCCUCUCUGAAAAAAUGUCCAUUCAUCCUUCAAACUCGUGCCUCCAUCAGGCUGGCCAGACAAGGAAAAACUACAUAAGAUAAACAUGUAGGAAGAUUUGUGUUAAUAACAAUGAUAGUAAUUGUUAUUAUUGAGCAGUUACAAUAACAUCUCAUAAUACUAAUAUGCAACAUUCACCAAUGUAUAAUAUUAUGUAAUAACAAAUGAGAUUCAGAAGAUUCAAAAUGUUAGAGCCUACAUUUCCCACAAUGCAACUCAAUAUUAUUUGGCAUUAGAGCUCCAUGUCCGGGUUUGUUUUGCAGCCUUUCAGUCACAUUUUGUAGUCUUCAAGCUCAAGUUGACAUCAUCAAGGCUGUUUUCAUAAAACUCCCUUCAGAACUACAGAAAGAAAUAAUGCAGCUGUUUUUACAGUAACACACCAUAAUGAGUGAAGUAAAUGUAUAAAAAUCUACAGUGUGCCCCUUUAAAUACAAAUGUAUGAUUUUCCUCAAGGUCCUUUACCGUUAUGUUUUAUAUUAAUCAAGUCUAAUUAAGUGGCUAACAGUGGAACCGGGGCCUUGAGGAUCCGGGGGCCAUGGGGCCAUUGCCCGACUUUGCUUAGUCGGUAAUUCAACCUUGGAUAUUCCCUUAUGCAUAUUAAAUUACAUCACCACAAAGCAGUUGACACACACAAAAGCUCUGGGAUUUCAGGGUCCCUGGAGUCCUGGGGGCCCUGAGGCAAGUAGCCAGUUUGAAUUGUAGCCUUGGGCUCAUGGUUCUAGUAGAGUCAUUAACUUAAAAGGAUGAUAGUGAUCUGCUCUCAGUGAGGCUUUCAUCUGAUGAGCUAAAUAAAAGGAAGAAGUCUGGCCAUGAAACAGUCCUCUUCCGCGCCUUGCUCGUGUCGCUGCGUGCACAGGGGGGCAGUGUUUGGUCGGUAAUUGCCUCUUUCAUGUAGAGCAGGCUGCUGCUGAUUGGUCGCCUGUGUGUGAAACAUCUGUAUCCAUAGUUCCAGUUGCUCGUCGUGUCUCCGGCCAGAAAGACGAGUUGCUGCUCAGAGCUCAGAGCCCGGAGAGAGUUAACACAGCAACUGUAGCUUUAUUAGCACACUUCUGCACAGACAUUUCAACAACAACAUGUAUCUUUGUGUCGAAUUCAGGCCUGCAUGUCAAAUAUGUGUGACGUAUUUCAUAUUCCCAGAGGCGGGAGAGGAAAAGUUGUGUGGCCCCCGGAGGGAGGCUAACGAAUGAGUGUCAAACAGAGUGUCCACAGGCCGGCUACAAACACAGUUAUGUCACAGGCGACAGGCUUGUUGUCGACGAACAAACAGAUAAAUGAGUUGCUGCUUUUUUUCAAGUAGCCCUGAGGAGGACGCGCGUGAAGCCCAUCCCACACUACGUUUCCCUAAAUCCACUGCGCCUGCUGCUGUGCACGCGGGAGGCGUUUGGCGCUGGAUUUGCCGGCCGGCACCCCCCCGCUCCUCUCCGCUCCUCUCCUCCCACCUCCUACAUUUACACUGAGCUCCAGGUACGCUGGUGUCUCUCCGUGGCAGCACCGCGGCAGACACAAAGGAACUCGCCUCACUUUUUCUUUUUUUUUCUUUCUUUCUAUUUUUAAGGUGACCGACUUCCAUCCUCGCUCCGCCCGCCCGCUGGCCAGCCUGUGUCGGCUGUAGGCAACGUGAAAAAGCCCUCCUCGCUCUCUCCGUGUGGAUAUCCAGCGGCGGCUGCUGCUGCGUGUGUUUGACUGCGAGGAGCGAGCGGCACCGGGGCUGAAAUGGACUAUUGAUAAGUUUCUAAUCAGAUUGAUGAUCGUUGCGUCAGCGGAGGCGGCGGCGGCGGUGUUGGUGGUGGUGGGGGAAAGACUGAGCUGCCAGAUUGGCCGCGAGCGAGCCGAUCUCUUAAUGGACUGCUGAAUUGUUAAAUGACACAGAGAUGAAUGUUGUGAUUUCUCUGCCGUGAUACGAGAUAGCUUAUCUGGAGCCGCAGCAGGAGCAGCAGGAGCAGCCUGCCUGACGCUUUUAUGCAUAGCCUUUGCAGGGUCAAGAUGCAGUUUCGGACUGUGCUGGACGUGAAAGUCGUGGACGUGGAGAAGAGGCGCAGUCCGUCUAAACACUACGUAUAUCUCAUCAAUGUCACCUACUCCGACAACACCUCCCACAUCAUCUACAGAAGAUACAGCAAAUUCUUUGACCUACAGAUGCAGAUACUUGAUAAGUUCCCAAUUGAGGGAGGGCAGAAAGACCCAAAGAAGAGGAUCAUCCCGUUUCUCCCAGGCAAAAUCCUGUUCCGGAGGAGUCAUGUGCGAGACGUGGCCAUGAAGCGGCUGCGUUUCAUCGACGACUACUGCAGGGCGCUGGUGCGACUCCCUCCUCAGAUUUCUCAGAGUGAGGAGGUGCUGCGCUUCUUUGAGACAAAAGCUGAGGACAUCAACCCCCCCGUGGAGGACUAUGGCUCCAAGCGCAAGUCAGUAUGGAUGUACGGCUUUACAGACAGCCCGAGGAAAGAGGCCUCAGGGAUUGACAGCUCGGAGCCCAUGGUGCUGGAGCAGUACGUGGCCGUGGCCAACUACGAGAGGCAGGAGAACUCUGAGAUCAGCCUCAAAGCUGGCGAGACGGUAGAUGUGAUCGAGAAGAGCGAAAGCGGCUGGUGGUUUGUCAGCACAGCAGAGGAGCAGGGCUGGGUGCCAGCCACAUACCUGGACUCCCAGAAUGUAACCAGAGACGAUUUGGAUCUGGGUACUUCGAGGACUGGAGAAGUCACUAAGAGACGCAAGGCACAUCUGAAGAGGCUCGACCGCCGCUGGACCCUCGGGGGUAUAGUCAACCGCCAGCAGAGCAGAGAGGAGAAAUAUGUGACGAUACAGCCGUACACCAGUCAAGGAAAGGAUGAAGUCAGCUUUGAGAAAGGGGUCACCGUGGAGGUCAUCCAAAAGAACCUGGAGGGCUGGUGGUUCAUCAGAUACUUAGGCAAAGAGGGCUGGGCUCCUGCGUCCUACUUGAAAAAAGUGAAAGAGGACUUCUCCCCUCGUAAGAAGACCCUCACAGGCCCAGUGGAGAUCAUCGGCAACAUCAUGGAGAUCAGCAACCUCCUGCAAAAGAAGUCCGUCAGCGAAAAGGACAUCCAGACCGACGGAGAGAGCAGCACCGCACCGGAACGCCACAUAUCCAAGAGCGAGAUCAGCCUGCCCAUGCCCUACAACUCUGAGAUCAAUGCAGAGACGGGUAGGAGGCUGAGCGCAGGCCGCGACACCAACAGUCCGUGUCUGGGAAUAGCAGCGGCGAGCGCUGCCCAUAAUGAAAAUAAAGCGAGAGGCGAGCCCGGGUCCCCAGCUGUUGCGAGAGUGGCACCACAUCGAGUGGAAAUUGGGUUUGAUGCUAUAGGGUCUCCGAAUCUGAGACAAAAACCUCCCCCGAGAAGAGAAGCCAACUUGGGAUUCCAGUUACCCAAGCCUCCAGAGCCCCCUGCUGUGGAAGCAGAAUAUUACACGAUAGCAGAUUUCCAGUCCUCAAUCUCUGAUGGCAUCAGUUUCCGUGGAGGACAAAAGGCUGAUGUGAUAGAGAAGAACCCUGGAGGUUGGUGGUAUGUGCAGAUUGGAGAGAUGGAGGGCUGGGCCCCCUGCUCCUACAUUGACAAGCGAAAGAAGCCCAACCUCAGCCGUCGAACCAGCACUCUGACCCGCCCCAAAGUUCCACCCCCAGCUCCUCCUGUCAAAAAACAAGAAUCUGAGGAGGCUCCUCCUUCUGCUAACCCCUCCUCUAAAGUCUCAGAGCCGCCAAGCAGACCUGUGUAUGAGGAACCUGAAUAUGAUGUACCUGCAAUUGGCUGCGAAGGGGAGUCGGACACCGAUUCCUUGAGGGAUGAGCGCAACCUGGAUGUGAAGAUCAGCAGUGCGGUCAGCGACAAGUAUCGCAACUCCCCACCUUCCUGCAAGGCCUCUCCUCCCGUCUGCAAAGCAUCCCCUGUGUUCACUCAUCGAAGAUCUUCCUUCAGGUCUGUAGAGGAGGUUGCAAAAGAGGAGUGUAUCUAUGAGAAUGACGGCUUCAGGCGAAGCAGUGGCAUAGAAGGAACUUCAGUCAAAGGUUCCAGUGAGCCGAAUUCCCCAAGGAGCUACCAUUCCUCCACAGUCCCACGCAAACCCUCUGGGUCUUCACCUUUGGCUGGUAGACCCAUGAAGACCAUGACACCAGAGAUGAACCGGAGGAGUCAGACCCUGGGCAGACACAUAGAUAUCAGCUUCAGGUCACAGGACAACAGCCCCCACUCUUCCUCAGAUGAACUGAGCAGAGGCCCCAAGAAAGCCACUUCCUUUAGCCGCGAUGUGGAGCAGAGAAUAGGCCAGAGCCCCUCGACCAGGCCCAAGCCUUCUGUCAGACCCAAACCACUCCUGACCAAAUCUGAGCCACAGAGUCCUGAGAGGAUGGAUAUCAGCUCUCUGAGACGGCAGCUGAGGCCUACAAGUCAGUUUCGACAUGGUCUCAAACCUACUCGCGGGGAUGACUCUGAAACAGCAUCUGUAAUCUCAUCAGAAGACUCCAUGUGUUCACGCAGUACUUCGGAUCUCUCUUCUGUUUACUCCAAAGGGAGCCGUGGUGAUUCAGACGUGGAAGGCCCCAAUCUCUACCGCUCCCUGGACGCCUAUAAGAAGGUCCAGGACUCUGAGAUCAGCUUUCCAGCCGGGGUGGAGGUUGAUGUUCUGGAGAAACAGGAGAGUGGUUGGUGGUACAUCCGUUGGGGAUCAGAGGAGGGCUGGGCUCCAUCGUACUACCUGGAACCUGUCAGACAAGUGGGCGAUGCAGGUGGGUUGGAAUCAGAUGGACAUGGGAGUGGUGGGAGUAAGUCCAACAGCCUGGAGAAAAACGAGCAGCACGUUUUGGCCCUCAAUAACAUCAAUAUUCAGGGUCUGAGCCAGCAGCAUCAAGGCAUGAGGAGGAACACUCCGCCAAUUCCUUCGAAGCCUCCUGGUGGCUUCUCGAAGCCUUCUGGAAUUGUUAAUGGAGGUGUUCGGAUGAGGAACGGGGUACGUCAGGUGGCCGUUAGGCCUCAGUCUGUAUUUGUAACCACAACACAGCCAGCCAAGGAUGGGCACUACAUGACAGGGUCACUAAGACGAAAUGACUCACUUGGCAGAAGUGAUCACUAUGGUUCUGGUUCUGCUACUCUUGGUGUACGCCGAAACGCCUCCUUCAGCACCGUGCGGCCACACGUAGUUGUCGAAAGUCAGACGAGGCCCGCCGAGCACUCCAGCCUGGGGUCCUCGGGGAGCUCGUUCAGCACAAGCAACGUCCAGGAGGCCCUUAGCAGAGCUAACCAACGCAACGGCAUCCCUGUGUCCACAGUCCGACCCAAGCCCAUAGAAAAGAGUCAACUGAUCCACAAUAACCUUGGCAGGGAUGUGUAUGUGUCCAUUGCAGACUAUCGUGGCGAUGAGGAAACUAUGGGUUUCACUGAGGGCACUUGUCUGGAGGUUCUGGAGAGAAACCCCAAUGGAUGGUGGUACUGCCAGGUGCAGGACAGCCUGCUUCCUCGCAAGGGCUGGGUCCCCUCCAACUACCUAGAGCGGAAAAAAUAAAACCAACCCCACAUCCUUCCCCUUCCCCUUCCCUCCACAUCCCCCCGUUUGAUGUCUUCAAGGACGUGGGUGGCAUCAAUUCUUUGCGAAUGUUUCCCGCAAUCUCCCCUAAGCAAUAUGCCCACGAAAAUGUACAUUUAUGAAAAGACUGUGUGUAAAAAGAAAGAUGUUUUAAUCCGAUAAGGAAGGACACUUUUAGUGCUGGUUUACUAAAAUGUAUUCAGAGGAGUGUAAAGAUUUUAAAUAAUUUGGCUGGGAAUGAGAGACAGAAACACGAGAUUGGUCACCCUUGAGCAAAGAAAUCUGAGGAGGACAGUGUCUUUGAGAAAUAAAAUGGUAUGAAUGGGAGUGAUAACUCUCUUUUCAUCAUGUAACACAGAAGUUGAGCAGGGUAAUGGCUAUGCUUAUUCCUGCCCAUCACUGAUUAUGAUGGCCGAUAAGUGCCUUUUGUAUUUGUUCACCUGAAUAGAGGUCCUAAAUGGUGGAUAGCAAAACAUGAAAUCAACCAAAUCUUUUAAGAGUGCCAUAGGCCUAUGAACACCACCAAUUACCAAUACCAAGAGUAUUUCCAUAACCAAUUAAGAGCUCCACUAUAAAGUGCAAACAAAGCAAAGUUUCAAACUUAAGUGCUCUAAUUGGUCCAACACAGAUUAAAGAAAGAAAAACAGAUUUAAGGAACUCAAGUCACCAGAGAAUGAAUUUGUUUUAAGUCAUCAAGCAAACUAAAACAACAUUUUAAUCUCAGUAUUUUUUAUUUAGUUUCAUUGUCCAUGUUAUCAUGUCUUGUAUUGAUGCAAAUCUUCCUUAGAGAAUUAUUUCUGCUUUCUUGUGACAUCUGUUUUCCACCAAGAGCCUUGAAUUGAAUUGGGAAAGUUAAAGCUCCUGCCUCAUGUCCCAUACCAUCGGACAGCUGCAAAAUAACACACAGUAGGUGCUUAGGUUUGAUAAAUUGGCAUAGUUUUGUCAUAGAUCCCCAAGCUCCAGAAAAAAAUCUGUUAAUAAUUAUGUUUUCAAUCCUGGGUGUAAUUAUCUGGGACAACAAAUGUAUUAAAAAAAACCUGUGAAACUUGAAAAUAAGUUGGAUAUUUUAGUUUCCUGGAAAAUAAAAACAACAUUUUGUAACUUGAGAGCUCUCCAGAACCAAAACCACCUCCUAUCUGAGUAGCUAUUAACCUCAAAAGAUGAAAAUUAGUUGGGUUUACUGUAGUUCCAGGAACAAUUGAUUUUGUACAUAUUUUGUUUUGUAGACAUGUAAUAAUACCGCAGUGGCGGAGAUGUACUGAACACGUACUGGAAAUGCAGUGAUAUAAUUAAAUCCCAGGGACAUAUUUGCACAGCAUUCAGCCCAAAAUGUGAUCAAACCAAAGAGCUGUUUUUGUGAUUUUACUAUUUAUUUAUGGUACAUAUAAUACAGUGUAUUCAACACAAUGCCUAAAACUGAAAAAAAUGUUUUUUUCUAUCAGUACCUGGAAGCACUUGAUACAUUUUCUCAAAAUUAUAGAUCUAUGAAACAAGAAGUAAACAAGCAAAUUGUAAUAUUAGAUAUUGCUGUGCAGUAUGGACGGUGACGUUAAAUAUAGAAACACUUGUUUCAAAGUUUUUUUUCUCUCUCUAAAAUAAUAGUAUAGGUUUCAGAUCACGCAAGUAAGACUUCGUAAUCACUUAAAAAUAGGAAUUUAGAAAUAUUUUCUCCCAAUGCAGAAGUGGAAUCUGAGAAACUCUGAGCUAACUUUCAAAAUUCAGAUGGCUGAUGUUCAAGACUGCUGAAAUACAUUUUCUAACGAUCGGUGUGAACUCUCUGAACGAGGCUGAACACUUAACUUUUCAUUAUGUUUCUGCUGGACAGUAUCAUAGUAUUAAACAAAGUACAGUACCUGCUAGAUUGCAGUUAUUCUAUUUUAGCAAAAAAAAAAAACAAAAAAAACAUUUCUUUAUUGUUUGUUCAUUUGUUACUCUGUGAUCACACGCUGACAAUAAUGAGGAACGAAGUGGUUCUGUUUGUGAAUUAGUGCACUUUAAACCUGCUUUUAUGGUGCAUUAAUGUAAAGAUGCAGAAAAUACUCAGCAUAUUAUUUAUUGAAAACAUGUUUGUAAUUAUUUAAUUUCUUCUUUUUUUUUUUACUCACGUCAGAUGUGAGAUGGAGCUCUCACGAGUCCUCUUUAUGACAGUGAACAGGCCAGUUUUUUCAGUAGAAUUGGAGAAACAGAGACCUCUUGUGGCAGGUUAAAGCACUACAGCAUGAUUUCUAUGCCAUCCACAAGGCUUUACCAGCUGUCCUACCUCAGUGCAAUAAGCAAUGCACUGCCGGUCAGUGAGUCUCACCAAGAAUUGUACAGAAACAUUUUUUUUUUCUUUUCUCAGUGCAGCUAAAAUUAUUUUUGUAGCUCAUCUUCUGUAUUGGGCAGUAAUUUAUUUUUUUUUAAUUCUAAAGAAAGAUCCUUUUCUUUUUUUUCUCCAUGCUGUGUGCUGCAACUUUAGCAAACCACGGGCACUUCCUUCAUCUUUAUUGUGCUUUACAUAAUGCCGGAUUUUAUGUGUAUUUAUUAUGAAUAAUUUUAUCACAGUUUGACAAUCACCUUAUCCCCCCCAUUCAAAAAUAUUACUGCAUAGCAUUGUCACACAAAUUGGAAUUCACUCACCUGAAUAUGCAAAAGAAAUGUGUCGUCCUUUAGUUGACAAUGUGAGUGAGCAAUUCAUAAAUAAAAAUAAAAAAUACAUCAGGACGUAUAAAUAAUGGAUAAUAAAGGAUAAAGGAUGUUGAUAUUCGCUGUCAGGCAUCAAGGAUUCUUCCCAUCCAGACGAAGGCAUUAUGUAAAUGUGUUGAAUCACUUUAAACAUUUGGCUCCAGCACAUUAUUAUUAUUAUUAUUAUUAUUAUUAUUAUUAUUAUUGUUGCAUAUCGCUUUGUUUGAUUGAGCUGAAUUUACUUGGCUGUAAUAGCAAGGGAAUCGUUGUGUCGGGCAUAGGUUUAGCUGUGUAGCAUCUAUCUUCACUCAUGCUUUUUUCUUGAUUUCUCUUUGUUUCUCUCUUCUUCUUUUUUUUUAAUCAAAUUCUGAAAAUAUACCGGUGAGGAAAUGUGCAAUAGAAGCACAUCAUGCUUCAACAAGAGGACAAAUAUAGCAGAUGGAAGAAAACAAAACAAACGACAAAACGUGAACAAUUUGGUCACAUCUGUUUGGAGUGGAUGUUCCCAAUCAAACUGCCAGUCAUGAGCUUUUACCGUCAUUUCAAGUGUAUCAUUUGAAGUCUGUCUCAAAGAGCAGAUGUUGAGAGGCCCUGAAAGCGUCUGUUAAACUCAUUGGACCAAAGCAUUCACAUGUGACAUCUCAUUAUUGUCCCGACGUGACAGACUUUUAUUAAUACCUAACCUCUGCUCCUCCUGCCCUGGAUCAGCAGUGGACAGUGAUUUGUGAAUGGCAUGGCAGAAAACCCGCUGACCCAUUCUGUAUUGACAUUACAGCCAUCCGGGGCCUCAGUGGCCCCUGCUCUGAGCUGUCACGUUCGUGCCUGAAUGGAAUUUUGAUAGUUUUUGUGUUGUUGUUGCUUCCUUUUCUUUCUUUUUUUUCUUUUGUUUUCUCUCUGGAGUGUGUCCUCUCUGCACCUAUGCGGAUGCCUCUUUUGACAUUUGUCCCACUGUUGUCAAACCAAGCCAGACUUUUUUUUUUUUCCCCCUUCACCAAUCGCAGUGGCGGAAGGUGAUAUUUGGAGUUAUCUGCAGUGACGGAGAAAGAGACGUCUCAGCGGUAAACAAGAGAGCGGGGAGAUGAACGCUCUUUCGGGCCAUUUCAGUUUAAUCAGUCAACUUCCAGGAUGUACGCCAAAAAUAGAAAAAAACUUUAUUUUUCUCGUCGCUGAGCCAGGCAGAUCUUAUCCAUGUGUUACAGGUGAAGACGUCAUUGUGCUAAAGACUUGCUGGGUGUACAGACACAGUUCUCUGUAUUGUCAGGGGGACUCGUGUCCAUAAAUGCUUUUGUUGGUGUAGUUUGUAGUUAAACUCAAUGUUAAAGGAGUUGUUUGACAUUUUGGGAGAUAUCCUUACCAAGAGAAUAUCGAUACCAAUCUCAUGACGUUCAGACGUUGUUUAAAAAAUGUGUUUUGCUUACCGUUACCUCGCUCAGACGUUUGAGCUUCUGCAGAGUUUGGUAUGAGGAAGCUGUUUCCACAUUUGACAAACUUCUCUGUGCUCACCUUUAAUGUAGGUUUGAACAAGUAAUGAAACUAGUUUGUUGAUAAAACAUAUCACACAAAUUAGUAUAUUUCUAUGUUUUAAAACACAAGGGGAUCUUAAAAUAUGAAGCCAAAGAUGGGGAGAUAGUUAGCUUAGCUUAGCUUAGCUUAGCUUAGCAUCAAGACUGGAUUUUUGAUCACUCCAAAACAUAUCUGACAAGUUAUCACUCCAACCAGAGUUUUUAUGUCUGUAAGGAAUCUUUAAAUAUGAAGCUAGCCAGAAGACGCCUUGCUUUGCUUUGCUUUGCUUAGCUUAGCUUAGCUUAGCAUAAAGACUAGCAGCAGAAGGAAACAGUCCCCAGGUUUUAAAGUUCUGCCAGCACAUCUAAAGUUCACAACUUUACUGACUCGUUUCCACUUUUUAUGCUAAGCUAAGCUAACUAUCUCCUGGCUCCAGCUGUGUAUUCAGUGUUCAGACAUGUGAGUGGUAUCAGUUGAGUUUAUUUUCCAAAGUGUCAAACUAUUCCAGGCUUAUUUUCCAGUCAUGGCCUGCCAGUCCAGCCUGUGUCAGCCACACUGCUCUUAAACCUGCGUGCAUCCGUGCAGCAGGAUGGAAAUGGAGUUGUCGGAGGAAACAUUUGUGUAUUCCACCUGUAUGACUGAGCUUGUGCGCACAUGCCAACACACACACACACACAUACACACACACGUACACAGUGAUGAUGAGGAAUCAUUCAUGCCAGAGGCAAAUAUAUGAGUUUCCUAACAUAUUUCCCGGAGGUCAGCCGGGUGAGACAGCUGUUUCACUUCUCGCUCUCUUUUUAUUUUAACAAAUGGACGGCAUCUCUCAGGCGUGAAGCACCUUCAGCGCUGUAAUGCCAUUGUGUAUUCCUCCCAGCUAUACUUCCUUUCUGCUCCCCGAGUCCUUUUCCUUCCCUCGCCACGUAUUUCCAUCUCUGCCUUCCUCGACACAGCCAAGCAGUCUAUUCCCGGCGAGAUGAUUGAGAUAUCUAUAGGAGGGUUUACAGGGGGGGUAGAGGCUGAGGGGGGUUGUUUGUGUGCAUGUGUGCGUGUGUGUUUUUUUUUCUUUUUGCAUGAUGAGAUGGAUUGUUUGCAGGUGCACUCAGCAGAAGAGAAUUUGGAGGUCAAGGAGGAGAUUUGAGGGAGCAGGAUGUAGGGGGGACACGAGAUGGAUCAGAUGGUGGAUUCUAGGAGACAAGGUGAGAGCGAGGUGAGAGGAGCCGUGCUUUGAUAGGAAGGAGAUGAAAGGCUAGUGGGCACUGUUUCCACUCUAAAAACUCAAAUGAAAAGCAGUUCCUUCCAGCAUGGAGCCCGUUUUACCCACCUUCUCAAAAGAAAAAAAAAAACCUGGCCCUAAUGAGCUCUCUGCUUCCAACCUGAGCUGUGAAGUCUCAUUACUCCAAACAAUGUUUUAAUUGCAGCACUUGACGGUUUUUUGGGGUUUUUUUGAAGCUUGAAAAAAAAGAAACUGCAAGUCAGUGAGAGACAAAUGAGUUCAGCACAGCACAGCAGCUCUUCUCCUCUCAGCCUCGCUCUCUCCGUCCAUACAAGAACUUUUCAAACUGAUCCCACGUCUGAUUUCAGCUUCUUUUACAGUCAGCGUCUUCAGAUCUGUUGUAGCCCUGAGGGGGUGUGUGAGUGGAGUUGGAGCUGGGUGUUGGGGAAGAAAAAAAAGUUUUUUUGGAAUAAGGCUUCAAAUGGAGGAUUGUCUCCCUGUCUCUUUUUUUUUAUUCCUUUGCGUUUUUGGUUGAGGAGAAAAUAAUGGUUGUAAAAGUGCAGAGCAGGAUUUGAAGGGUUUAUUCUCUAAUGAAACAAGCUUUAAUGCAUAAUGGAAAUAAAUCCUAAAAAAAAAAAAAAAAAA